UUGCAUGAUACUGAAGGCCUUGCUCAAAAGUUUUUGUCAUGAGAAAAAUGAGCAGAAUGAGCAAUCUCAGGAUGUUGUCUUACAUUCGAGGUCUGGUUCUCCAGACAACUCAGCUGCCCUGCAUAAGGACCAAAAGUCAAGUUCUUCAGAUCUAUGUUCAAUUGCAAAGGAGGAAAACAAUGGAUCCAAUGUUACUCCCAAAGAAAAAAAUUACUUCAUCAAAUCCAAAUAUGGAGCCUGAAGUGAAGAAAGCAAAUAAUUUGGAAACACUAGCUAAUGCUGAGGUCAGUGAUCUGAUGCUGCAUUCCCUGCUGCCACAAGCUGGCCAAUUUGAUGAGAAGAGCAUUGUAACCAUGCUUGAUUUAGAAACUAUCAAGAAGCUCAAAGAAAGUUUUAGUACUAUUAAGGAUAAAAAUGCAAUCCAGCAUUUUUCUCCCAAGUAUGGAAGGAAGAGAACAAAUGGCCUAAACUGGACUAAGGAUAAGGAUGCAGCUGCACAGAGUGUGAAUAACUUAGACCUGGAUCCUUCAAAAUAUUCAGCUGACCACCUGAACAAGAAGAAAAAGUUAAAUUCUUCUAGUUUGAAAAUCAUGAGUGAGGAAGCAACAAUGCACACUUCUAUAUCUGCCUCAGAUAUGUUAAUCAUAGAUUCAUCAUCAAAUUCAAUGGGGAUAAUAGCAGAUCUCAGCAAGAAAGUGAAGGUAUGGCCAGCUAUCUAA